ACUGGACUUCACGACUUGGAUGAAUAUGUUCAGUCUCAUCUCAUUCUUGCUGCCAUAACUAUAUGCUCGCGAAUUUUGCAACGUGGUGGCACGUUUGUUGCCAAAGUUUUCCGCAGUCGCGAUUCAGGUUUACUGGGUGCUCAGUUGCGCUGCCUGUUUGACGGGCCGGUCACCUUCGCCAAACCCCGUUCCAGCCGGAAUUCUAGUUUGGAGGCUUUUGUGGUUUGCCAAGAAUAUUCCGGUCCUCGCCUCUCCACUCGUUCUCAUACUGAUUCGACAACUGCGGACCCGUUGCUUCUCCAGUGGUACAAUCCGGCAAAUUUCGACGAGUUUUCCGAAGAUCAUAAAGCCAUUUUACCGUUUGUUGCCUGCGGAGAUCUUUGUGGCUUUGAUGCAGAUCUGUGCUAUACUUUGGAUCCUGAUCAUGUGUGUAAACCUCCCAUCCAAAUGCCUAUUGACCCGGCGUAUGCGGACGUGUGUCGGCGUGCCCGUGUGGCUCGAGCACAGGAACAGGGGAAAGAGGACGACGUGGUGGAGCAGACUGUGUCCUCUUUGAUGGAUGCCCUGUCAGUGAGCGAGAUAUGA